AUUUUGUUGUUAGGCAAUGUUAGUUCUUCAUGUUUUCUUAAGCUUCUUCCCCGUAGGAAAAACAUGAGAUUCAAAGAAGAAAAAGGAGCAUCAAACAAGAAGAAUUUGUAGUAAAAGUGAAAAAAUAGAGCCACAAACAAAGGAAAGAAAAGAAACAGAGCAUGCUCUGGUCAUCGAAACAAAACCAUGAAAGCCAACAUCAAAGGAGAAGCAGAUCAGCCUAAGAAAGAAAGACUUGAUUCCAGAUUCAGCCAAACCCUCAGAAAUGUCCAAGGGUUACUUAAGGGUCGCAACAUUCCUGGCAAAGUAUUAUUGACCAGAAGGUUGGAAUCAUCGGACAAAUCAGGCAUACAGAAACAAUAUCAAAGAAGUUAUUCUCAGAAUGAUGCUGGCAGAAGUAAUGACGUGGACAAAUACUUGGAGGAAGGUGUCAGAAAUACAGGUAUUGAUAUAACUGUUAAUAAGUUAAGAGCCUCAACCUCAAACAUCGAGCAUGCUGCUAGAGAAGUCAAGUCUGCAAUGGGUUCAAGAUCUACAGAUUCUGCAAGGGUUUUGAAGUUCACGAAAGAGCUCUCACGGGAAAUGGUCAUAAUAGAGAGAUUACGUGAACUAGCUUGGAGUGGUAUUCCACCUUACAUGCGCCCUGAUGUAUGGAGACUUCUUCUGGGAUAUGCACCACCUAAUUCAGAUAGAAGGGAGGGAGUUCUAAGGAGGAAACGCAUUGAAUAUCUUGAUUGUGUUGCUCAAUUUUAUGACAUUCCAGAGACUGACCGUUCAGAUGAUGAGAUCAAUAUGCUUCGUCAGAUUUCUGUUGAUUGUCCUAGAACUGUACCUGAUGUUGCCUUCUUUCAGCAAGCACAAGUUCAAAAGUCCUUGGAGCGCAUUCUUUAUACAUGGGCCAUUCGGCAUCCUGCAAGUGGAUAUGUGCAGGGGAUAAAUGAUAUAGUUACACCCUUUCUGGUUGUCUUCUUAUCAGAGUAUUUAGACGGGAGCAUAGAUAGUUGGUCAAUCUCUGAUUUAUCUUCGGCGAAUAUCACCAACAUAGAAGCCGACUGUUAUUGGUGCUUGUCACAGUUUCUUGAUGGGAUGCAAGACCAUUACACCUUUGCUCAACCAGGAAUCCAGAGGCUUGUAUUCAAGCUGAAGGAAUUGGUUCGGCGAAUUGAUGAACCUGUUUCUAGACAUGUGGAGAACCAAGGACUUGAGUUUCUUCAAUUUGCUUUUCGUUGGUUCAACUGUCUACUGAUACGUGAGAUUCCUUUCGAUCUAGUAACCCGUCUAUGGGAUACGUAUCUUGCUGAAGGCGAUGCACUUCCUGAUUUUCUUGUGUACUUUUUUGCCAGUUUUCUUUUAACGUGGUCAGACACACUUAAGAAGCUUGAUUUCCAGGAAUUGGUGAUGUUCCUUCAACACCUUCCAACUCACAACUGGACAUAUCAAGAGCUUGAAAUUGUGCUUUCCAGGGCAUAUAUGUGGCACAGUAUGUUUAACAAUUCUCCCAGUCACUUGGCUAGCUGAACCCCCCACAUUUCAUUUUUACUAUUUUAUUGAUAUAUAUAUAUUAUGAUCAAAUGGUGGUUUAAUCGAGCAAUUAAUGCUCAGGUUUUUGUUUUGGUAGAAGCCUAGAAAUGUUAUUUCUUUGUAUUUUGGCUUCUAAUGUCUCAUAUUUGUAAUACCAAACGAACAUUCCUUUGUACAUCUACUUGAACUUAAGGAAGGGCACUUGUAUAACUAAUGUUCACAAUUUGGACCUAUGCUGUGAGCUUUGAUAGGUCUAUGUGUUUGAC